CGCAACCGUGACGUCAGCGACCAUAAAGUGCAUUAGUUGAAUUGAAAAAAAUAUAUCUAAAGAGCCGAAACACCAAACUUUUUUUCCAGAGAAGAUUUUCACUUUUUGCUGCGGUCGAGAUGCCGACUUCAUACAUACUACGCUCAACAAGUCUGCAUCUUGCCAUGAUGUCAACUCUUUCCAUGGCUGGAGUCCAGCAUGACCAUGCCCACUAUCGGAGCAGUAGUUUUGCUCUGGCACAAGAUGGCAAAAGAAAGAAGUAUCAUGUUAUCAAGUGUCACUGUUGUACUGAGUACAGGCCUGUCCAGAGCUCCAAAGCUCCCCCGAACAGGAGGAGGUCUUAUAAAAAUGAACCAGAAGCAGUGGCACCCAUUCCUCUCUCAGCCAUCCCGCAUGAUGACCUCCCAGUGGCGUCAGUUUUGCCUCGCAUUCCACAGCCCCCAAUCUCCUCUGCAUUUGAACCACUCACCAUUUCCAACUUUUCAGUGGAGGAGUAUCAACGUAUCUAUUAUGAGACUGUGGCUCACAAAUUGAGGUUCAAGAAUAGAGGGUCCAGAACAUACAGUCUGGAAAAGGGACGCUGCAUCAAACAGAACCUGUGGGAACGUGUGGGCCAUCCCACGUUCACAACAACAGAGGAUGCAGAUGGCCGUGUGCAUAUCACCCCAUCGUACGGCGCUGGGGUCCUUCCUCCUCAGUAUGAUGUCGAUAUUUCACAUGAGCCCAAACCUCUAAAGUUGUCAACAACAUUGUGA